AUGACGGCGGCAGGGUGUGGAAUACGAGGAAGUUUGCCCCACGGUGUAUGUUUCCCGUUUAAAAGGGAUUCCAAUGAUGACUCGUCAGAUAGUAAAAGUGACACGAACGUCGGGAGUACCGAGAAGGGAGAUCAAAACGUUCAGAUCUCUGCUGCGGCCCUUCGGCACACGUACAAUCAGGAUUUUUCACAGUUCGGCGAAAAGGUUGUAGCAUUGACCAAAAGGACGUACACUAGACAUUUCAAAGACAAGACUGUGCGAAGUAUUCGCCUUAGACCUCGUCAAACUUUGUGCUCCAAAUGCAAGUCGGCAUGCCAUGACAGUGCGGCAGAUCCGAGUUCUUCCAUUGCUAAGACCUCUCAGAACUCUUCACUGUCUUCUGUUUCACAAUCCUCUUCAAACUCUCUUCACUCUCUUCCAUCCCGGCUUUCAACACCCACAUCUCUUAAACCACUACUUCUCCCACCGCCGCCGCCGCCGCCUCCACCUCCCCCACCACAAUUCCCAGCCCCUUUGCCUCUGACCACACGUAACAACCAAAACACUCGAAACAGUACUCCCAUCUUCAAUGCACGUAGCAGAUCCCCACCAAUAACCAGAAAUCGGCAGCAAAACACCCCGCUCUCUUCCCCCAAAACUAAUCGGUAUUGCCAACCGCCUCCUUCUCCAAAACCAUCACGUUAUAAUCAACCACCUCCUUCACCAAAAACUACAAGGUACAACCAGCCCCCACCAUCUCCAAAGACCACACGAUACAGUAGCAACCAGCCACCUCCAUCGCCCCGGGCAACACGAUACAAUCAGCCACCCCCUUCACCUAAAAAUACAUAUUACAAUCAACCACCACCAUCACCCAAGAACUCAAGGUAUGCCCAGCCCCCUCCCUCCCCCAAGCCAUCUCGUUACAACCAGCCUCCACCCUCACCUAAAUCUUUACGUUACAACCAACCACCACCAUCACCUAAGCCUCCUCAUUACAAUCAACCACCACCAUCUCCACGCAAUUCUCGUUAUAGCUUACCACCACCAUCACCUAAACCCCCUCGCUUCAAUCACCCUUCUCAAUCUCCUAAACCUCCACGCUUUAAUCAACCCCCACAAUCUCCCAGACCAGUAAGUUCCCCAAUAACUCUCCCCUUACCACAAGCCCAGGUUCAGCUGGAACCUCUGAAACUCACAGAACACCCAGAAACAAGGAGUGAGUCUCGAAAGAGGAAAAGCUCUCUGGCCGAGGAGUAUGUGCCUACUAAUGAUAAAAUGAACCCUAAAUCUGAAGGACUGACCAUUGUGAAAUCUAGUCCAAUUAUAAAAAUAUCAGUUGGCGAGGGGACUGUGCUAAAAAUUCCUCCUCGCCUUCAUUCUGAAGUAGUGGAUACAGACCAAUCUUCAGAUGAAAAACUUGAAAAUAAAGAAUAUUCAAGUCAUAAAAGAUUGAAAAAAGCUUUAAAGAAAGCCAAGGAGAAGCUGAAACGGGUAGACUCUGAAAAUGGUGAUAAAAUCUCCUCAGGUCAUCACCGAAAGCACAAACGGAAGCACAAACAUAAACAUGCUUGCGCAGAUAUAGAUCGUAAUUUACCAGCUCUAGGUGUUGACAAAUCAAACAAGGAGGAGAAUGACUUUGAAACUGAGCCGACUGAUUCUGAGAUGAACGACCAUCAGCGGCCUCGGUUGUUGUACACUUGGCGGCGAAACAGCGGUUUAUCACGGGUAGAAUCGGAGAGUUCAGCAAACACCAUAUCAGGAGAUUUAAAAAAUGAAAAAUCAACAGUAAAUCUUUUGCUUGAUAAUUCUUUAGAGACGAAAUCGGAAUCGUCAGGCGAAUCGACGGACGGUUUUAACUCAAACUCAGCUAACGGGAUAUCAGAUUCGGACUCUGAUUACAGGGAUGAAUAUGAAGAGCAAGAAUUCCCAGGGAGUCAGUCACCUACAUCUGAUUCGCUGAAACCUCUCAUGAUGAAAAUUCAAACUAAAACUGUUACCAAAGUUGAAACUUCUGAGGGUCGUAUAAUUCAUGUUGGAGAUAUUGUCUGGGGUAAGAUUCAGGGCUUUCCCUGGUGGCCAGGGCGAGUCCUCUCCAUUACUGUAAGUACACGAGACAAUGGAGUUGUGAUAGCUCAGCUGGCUCACGUUUCGUGGUUUGGGUCCUCCACUAUGUCACAUAUGCAGUGUGUCGAUUUAUAUCCAUUUUUAGAAGACUUUAAACUCCGAUAUAACAAAAAGAAACGGGGUCCUUAUAAAGUGGCUAUAAAACAGGCAACUGUGGCUGCCAAGAGUUUCCUUGGAAAUAUCAAAAUGGAAGAUUUUGAAUUGUGACCACUAUUGGUAUCUUCACAGCCCCUUUUUUUUUUUUUGAAACAUAGAUUUUAUCAUCUGGAUCCUAUCUGAUUUGUUGCUUUAGCUUAACAUGGCUUUCAUUCAUUUGGUUACAUUUUAUUCUACAAAAUCUAACCAAUCUGUUGUUUUAUUUCAGAAACUUGAAAAAAAAAAAUGAAAAAAUAACAAUUAUC